CCGCUCAUCUCCGACGGCAUCAGUACCGACGUCAAACACAAAGCGGAAACUUUGAGGCCGUUGCAAUCGAAAGUUGCACGAUGGGUCUACACACCAUCAUUAAGAAACAACGACAGAAGGAGAAGGAAAUGCGAUUUCUCAUGCUCGGCCUUGACAAUGCCGGCAAGACUACAAUCAUAAAGAAACUCCUAAAUGAAGACAUCUCCCAAAUCUCCCCAACGCUGGGCUUCAACAUCAAAACCCUCACCUCCUUCGAACCCUAUAAACUUAAUAUCUGGGAUGUAGGAGGCCAAAGAACACUACGCUCCUACUGGCGAAAUUACUUUGAGCGCACAGAUGCCGUAAUAUGGGUUGUUGACGCAACAGAUCGCGCACGAAUGUCAGAUUGCCGGGAUGAACUGCGGGGGCUGCUACAGGAGGAACGAUUGAGCGGGGCGACAUUGUUGGUUUUUGCAAAUAAGGCGGAUGUGGAAGGAUGCUUAAGCCCCGGGGAGAUCAAGGAUGCAUUGGGGUUGGAGGAUGUCAGGACCCAUACAUGGAAAAUAUUGAGGUGUAGCGCAGUAACAGGUGAGGGGUUGGAGGGAGGAGUUAGGUGGGUUGUGGAGGAAGUUGCGAAACGGAUAUACAUGUUUGGAUGAAUGAGGGAGUGUGGAGGUGGAUCUGGGAGGGGACAAAUCGUAUGGCGACAUACUCGACACGACUCAAUAAAACAUAGAGUACGAUUGCUGGCCCUACCUCACUCUGGAAUGACAAUGGGUAUAUCUCCCCUA